AUGCAAAAUUAAUAAUUGAAAUUCUUAGCUCAAGCAGUUAUAUAAGAGCAAGCUUAAAAAUUAUUAAAAUAGGAACAAAUACUAAUCCAAAAAGAAAAUUAUUUCUAAAUUAAUGUUUUAUAAAACUCUGAUAUUGCAAGCAAAAAAUAAGAGAUUGAAAAAUUAGUUAUAGAAUAUCAGCAAUUACUUAUUUUGAAGUACAUGCAAGAGUAAUUUUUAUUUAUAAUAAAGAGCAAUAAAAUAAGUUUAAUGCAGAUUAGACUAAAUUUUUUUUCAUUGUUCGUUUGAAAAUUAUCCUGAUGAUUUAAAAUGUUACAUAUCAACAAUUAAGUACUUAUCAUCAUUUAUCACAAAUAUUCCAAGUUUUCCUAAGUUUAUGGAGGAAUUUAAUAAUUGUUUUUAAAAUUAAUAGUCAAUCGAUUUCAAUAAAACAGUAGCAAAAAGAGCUUAUAAAAUAAUGAAAUUUUAAAAAUUAUUAGGCUACUAUAUGGGAAUAUUUAAAAAAUAAAAAGGAAUAGAUUUAAAUAUAUAUUUUAAUUUAUAAAUCUAUAAUAAGAAAUAAAAAGAUUAUGGAAGAAUAAAAUUUGCUUUUAAGAAAUAAUUAUAAAGUUUUUAGUCCAAAUGUGAUAGCUAAUGUUCAUAACCUAUAUCUUCAAUUAAUUCAUAUUCUAUAACCCCAUAACCAAAAAUUGUAGGGUAUUAUCAUGACAAUGAAUAAUAAUAAAAUUUAUCUUCAAUAGAUUAAUAACAAAAUUGCAGAUCUAUGAUACCACCAUUUCCUCCUUAAAUGAAUAACAUUAAUAAUCCAUAAUAAACUUCAUAACCAUACAACUCAUAAAAUUCAAAUGAACUAUUAUAUGGAUAAUCAGCAAUAUAAUUUACUGGUAAUAAUAACAAUACUUCAAACUUUAAUUAUCCACCGAUGCCUUAAAGUUACUAUGGUUAUUAGACAAAAUAAUAUUAAUAUCCUCAAUAAUAAAAUUAACAAAAUUUAUUUUUCUAGACUGUUCCUUGCUAAUAAUAAAAUUAUUCUUUAAUACAAUAAUAAUAAGUUUAAUAAUAUUCUUAUUAAUAAAAUUAGUAACAAUAAUAUUUUAAAGAUCAAAUAAAAUGUUAAUAAUAUUAAAACUAAAAUUCUUUUUAAUAAUAAUUUAAUCAAUAUUAAUAACCUUAAACAUAAUAAUAAGUGAUUUAAAAUAUGCUUUCUUUUCAAGAAAAUCCAAUUUAAUAACAAGUAAUGACAGAUUCUAUAUUUUAAAAAUCUUAAUCUGAAAUUUCAGAGAAUCAGAAUAAUAGUGUAUAACAAUUUUGUUUUGAUGCAUCUGUUUAACCAGAAAAUAUGUUAUUAGAUGACGCAUCUUUUUAAGAAUAAAUUAAUUUAAAAGAAGAUGUUUCAAAAUUGUAAAUUCAAUAAUAAUAAUCAGAAUUUGAAGGAUUAGUUAUUAAUAAAUCAAAAAUUACUUAAAUUCUUUUAGAUCCUUUAACUAAUAAAUAAGUAUUGUCAAAAAAGUAAUUAUCACAAAUUGGAGAUAAAAGUAAUUAGCAUGACACAGUAUCAUUAACAUUAUUAGAUAAAUUUUUAGAGAGAAAACUAGGUUAAUUUGAUAGAGAUGAUAAAAAAAAGUAAAUUUUAUAACUUUUUGAUUUUUGA